UUAUUUAUAGUGCUAAAUACACGGCGUAAUAUUUUUUUGUUUUAGGUGAAGUUGUGGUUAUUUCAACAUGGGGAAGGGAAAUAAUAUGAUACCUAAUGGCCAUUUCCACAAGGAUUGGCAAAGAUUUGUAAAGACGUGGUUUAACCAACCUGCAAGAAGAUAUCGUAGAAAGCAGAAUAGAAUCAAGAAAGCUAAGGCCAUCGCGCCUAGGCCAGCAGCCGGACCUCUACGCCCUGUGGUCCGCUGCCCCACAGUUCGCUAUCAUACAAAAGUUCGCGCUGGCCGUGGCUUUACUCUUCGUGAAAUUAGGGCAGCAGGAUUGAACCCUGCUUUUGCCAGAACUAUUGGUGUCGCUGUGGACCCACGCAGGCGCAACAAGUCUGUAGAGUCUCUGCAAACAAAUGUGCAAAGAUUGAAGGAGUAUCGUGCCAGACUCAUUCUCUUCCCUAAGGGCAAGAAGAUACUGAAGGGUGAAGCCAAUGAGGAAGAGCGCAAGCUGGCUACUCAGCUCCGUGGACCUCUGAUGCCUGUGCAGCAAGCAGCACCCAAGUCUAUUGCCCGCCCCAUCACCGAGGAGGAAAAGAACUUCAAAGCUUACCAAUACCUCCGUGGGGCUCGUUCAAUCGCUAAACUGGUCGGCAUCCGUGCCAAGAGGCUGAAGGACGCCGCCGAGAACCCUGAUGAUGUCACGAAGGCGCCUACUGCCGUUAAAGAACCUAAGGCCAAGAAGUGAAUAAAAUAAAAAACAAUUG